AUGAUUGCAGGCUGUGCCAUCAAUGCCCGUCAAUUGAUGAUCAAUGAUACUAUCAAAAGUAGAUCUAAUAGGGGCACUAAGUCACAAGAAAUUACCAAAGAACUAUCAGUUGAUGAUCAAAUUCUAGAUUCUAUAGAACCAUUGCCUAAUAGUAUGCCAUCCGAAAAUACUAACAUGGAAAAAAAGCAGAUCAGCUCAAUCACCUGUAUUAUGAGAUUGGUGUAG